AAGAGAUGCAAUACUUAGAAAAAUAAGGAGAAUAAGAACAAUAGGAUCAAUCGGAGUUAUAUUAAUAAAUAGAGUUAUAGAAGGACUUCGAGCAACAAGAGGAUCAAAAUGGAUAAGAAUUAUAAAUAAAAUAAUUGCAAUAAGAGGUAGAAGAAUAAAACAAUUAAGAAAAAUAAUAGGAGUAAUAAUAAGAUUAUAAAAAAUACAGCUUUUAGGAAUAAUAAUCAAAUUUGUUUGAAAAUAUUAAGGAUGGAAUCGCCGCAGGGGGAAUUGUAGGUGGAGCUGGUGCGAUGAUAGCUCAGGGAGGGUUGGCACUUUAUGGCUUUUCUUCCAUUGGACCAGUUGCAGGAAGCCUUGCUGCAGCUACAUAAGCCAGUAUCGGAAGUGUGGCCGCUGGAAGUGCAUUUGCUUUAGCUUAAGGAGUAGCAAUGUCAGGAGCGGCAGCCAUUGCAAUACCGGCUAUUGGAAUAGGCGCAAUAAUAGGAGGUGGAUUAGGUCUUAUUAAGAAAUUCUUUUGGUGAAUUUAUACAUUAAUAAUAUUAAAU